AAGAAUAAGCACAGAGGUGUGCAAAAUUAAGUUUGAAUGCAAAAAUCUGGUUAAUGAUAUUGAAGUAUAUUAAAGUAUGAACAUGGACGAGUUACAUAUUAUAGCAGUAACACUUGCUAAUUGAAGGCUGUAAAUCCAGCCAGUAAAAUACUUGAUGUAUUUUACUUCACAUACCCAUAAAACUCGUGAAUUACGAAGUUGAACAACAGUUAUAACAGCAAUAAACAGCGUAUAAUUUUUAUCUGACACAGGUGCCUUUGCGAACUAAAGAAUUAAACAUAUGAGAGUUCAUUUUUUCAAGUCAUCAGCUAAUACUUGUUUUGGUAUAAACAGAAAACAAAAAUAAUGACGAGCAUUGAGAAUUUGCAGCAACAAAUAAAAAUCUUAGAGCAGCAAUUAGCAGAGGCAACACUGAAUAAUGUUGGAGUACCUGUAAGAGAGAAAAUCAAACAGAUGUCAAGCGAAGUUGUCGGAACAAACCCUUACAGUCGCUUAUUAGCUUUGCAACGAAUGGGUAUAGUUAAAAAUUAUCAGAAUAUACAAAGUAUGACUGUAGCUGUUGUUGGUGUUGGCGGAGUUGGAAGUGUAACUGCUGAAAUGCUUACAAGAUGUGGCAUUGGAAAGUUAGUGCUAUUUGAUUAUGAUAAAGUUGAAUUGGCCAAUAUGAAUAGGCUCUUCUUCCAGCCACAUCAAGUGGGACAAAGUAAGGUCGAAGCUGCAGCAAAAACACUAAGGUUUAUUAACCCAGAUGUAGAAAUAGAAAUUUACAAUUAUAAUAUUACUACAGUAGAUCAUUUUGAUGAAUUUAUUAAUACAAUUAAAACCUCUAGUAUUAAUAAAGGACCUGUGGAUUUACUAUUAAGUUGUGUUGACAACUUUGAAGCAAGAAUGGCAAUCAAUACAGCUUGUAACGAAUUAAAUCAAAUUUGGUUUGAAAGUGGAGUAUCUGAAAAUGCCAUUUCUGGACAUAUACAAUUUAUUAUUCCUGGAGUGACUGCAUGUUUUGCAUGUGCACCACCUUUAGUUGUCGCAUCGAAUAUAGAUGAAAAAACAUUAAAGCGUGAUGGUGUAUGUGCUGCAUCUUUACCUACAACAAUGGGUAUUGUUGCUGGAUUCCUGGUACAAAACACUCUUAAGUAUUUACUUGAAUUUGGUACAGUAUCUCAUUAUUUAGGCUACAAUGCUAUGCAAGAUUUUUUUCCAACAAUGAAUCUGAAACCAAAUACGAACUGCAAUGAUAGAUUUUGUAGAAAACGACAAGAAGAAUUUGCCAGUAAACCAAAACUUGAAUAUUGUGAAGAAUGUAUAGAAGAAAAACCUUUGCAUGAAGAUAAUGAAUGGGGAAUAUGUCUCAUUGAUGAAUCAGUACCGGAAGAUACUAACACAAAAAAAUAUGUUGCAGAAGGAUUAGUGCAAGCUUAUGACUUACCUAAUAAAAAUAUUGAUUUUGAAUCUCAUGCAAUAGACACUUGUGAUCAAAGUUUAGAAGAAUUAAUGUCAAAAAUGAAAUCUCUGUAAUUUUAUUUGUUCAUAAAAACACAUUACUUUCAAAUAAGAUUUUAUAUAUAAUCAU